AUACCACCUACCUCGAUCUACAUCAUCAUCAUCUAUCCUAUCCUCCUCUAUCUCUCACACAUAAAACAACAACCGAUCAAUAAUCCAAAAUGACAACCGAAAAAACAGCCCUCUCCCUCUCCCUCCUCACCUCCCUCGGCGGCAUAAUCGGCUACGCGCGCACGGGCUCCGUCCCCUCCAUCGCCGCAGGCGUCUCCAUCGGCGCCCUGUACCUGUACAGCUACACGCGGCUGCAGGCGAACCAGCCUUACGGGGAUGAACUAGCGCUGUUGGCUUCUGCUGUGUUGGGCGGGAGUUCGAUCCCCAGGGCGAUUAAGACGAGGAAGGUUGUUCCGAUUGGGUUGGGGGGGUUGGCUGUUGUUGGGGGGGUGGUGUUUGGGUCUGCGGUUUAUAAUCGCAGGUGAUCUAUCUUGUCUUUCUUUUUGUUCUGUAGGGUCUACUUGUGUUAUUGAUUGAUUGAUUGAUUGGUUGGUUGAUUGAUUGAUUGUCUGUCUACUUGAGAAGUGGAUGAUUGUGUUGCUUGAUGUACCCCGUAGCGUACGUUACAAUAUAAUAAGAUAAGAUAAUGAUAUUCCCUACCUGUACUCCGGAACUUACAUGUCAUGCUCUCUACCUCUCUCUCCUUUCUACCAAUUCCGCUACCCUACCAUCCACCUACCACCCACUACCAAGCCGCCCGUCAGUGACAAGUCUCCUUGCUUGACAUAGAUCGACUUAGCUUUUCCGCUGUCACCUCCCUCGAGUAUCGCCUGCUAGGCUGCUGCGACGCACCUAGCUCCCUAGAGUAUCAUUCGGCGCUGUCACAGCUGCAGGUACCUCGUCCAGAACAGUCUCCUCCUGAGGAACGAACGCAUACCGCGGCAGUCGUGCCAUCUUCUCCUCCGGACUGGUCUCGUUGUCGGCGUACACCAGCCGGGUCUGCUUCGCCUUGUCCUUCUUGGUCGUCUUCUCGUCUGUCGGUUCGGCUUUCGCGGGCGCCGCUGCCGGUGCCGCUGGGGCUGCUGCCGGCGCCGCUGGGGCUGCUG